AUGUUCCUGCAGGGUCUGCCGGAGGAGGUGCAGGUUGAAGUGGUAAGGAGGGCGAAGAUUAGCCCUCAGAAGUUCGAGACUAUGAAGUUCGCAAGGGCCCGGGAGGCAGUUGAAGAAUAUCUGGAGGAAGUGGCUGGAUUAAAUUUAAUUCGGCAGGGUCAUGAAGGGAAGCUUGCGAACUUCGCAGAGGAAGUGUCAGCUGCGCAUAGCUUAGUAGUUGUGCAGCCAGAUGGGCGAGUCCCAGAUGAACAACGACAGCCAGAGGACAGAGAACCAGUGUCUACAGGGAAGCGGCAGGUGCCAAGAACAGCCCCGGGAACGAGACACCAGGAAACGCUAGAUGACCUGGCUGAACGGAUGAGGAAAAUGGAAAUCAGCCUCAUGGAGGUGAGACAGAACGACUUCCGAAGACAUGGGCUAAAUGACAUACCCAACCGACGGGGCUAUGUGCCAAUCGCGGGUGACCAAUGCCGGUUCUGUCUGGAAACGGGUCACACCAACAUAUGGGGGACAUGUCCACGGUACCAAGCAUUAGCUGCCCAGGGUCUAUGCCAUAUUGCUGAAGAUGCCAAAGUCCGUUAUGGACCGAUUGGAGGAGCCGGAGAGGUGGUAAGGGUAAUUGCCAAUGGGAAGAGCAUUCUUUUGGUUUCUAGGUUGCUUCACUAG